GAAUGAACAAAUCUUUGUUGAUUUUCAUUUUGUUAAAUAUUUUGGCAAUUUCUUUUAAUUUUGUUGAGUGUGGAUACAACCGAGGUGGAGGAGGCUUUGAUUCAAGCAGUGGUGGCAGUGAAUGGAGUCAAUCAUCUGGCGGUAGUAGCAGUUUUGACAACGGUGGGGGUGGCGGUGGAGGUUUUGGCUCUCCCGGCUAUAAUGGAGGAGGAAGUGGAUAUAAUAGAGGAUAG